AUGCAUGCGGUGGAGACCGACGCUUCACUGCUUCCCACCACUUCCUCUGCUUUUAACCAAAGCUCCGCCUUUUAAAAAUGGCCUCCCUCGCUUCUUGUGAAUUCUGAAGCGUGAACUGCAAAGCCCCCAUUAAACUAUUCAAAGCCACCUCCAAUCAGAAAGGCUAAAUCCCUCGUAGAACAACCAACCAACCCAACCAACCAACAGAGAACCACAAUCCUUAUCAUCAUCAGUCGUAGCCGCGCUCACGCCACAGAAACAAACCAGAGCAAAGCAACAGAGAAAACUCCAAAGCCUGCUUGGAUUUCUUGGUCUCCGUGCAACUCUGUUCAUCCUCCUUCCGUUCUUAAAAAAAAGACCCAACUUUGUUCAAUCAAUCGAUAGAGAAAGAUCAGAACAACCAUGAUCAGCUCCCUCGACUUCUACCAUGUCAUGACCGCCAUGGUCCCUCUGUACGUAGCCAUGUUCCUCGCCUACUCCUCCGUCAAAUGGUGGAAGAUCUUCACACCCGAUCAAUGCUCCGGCAUCAACCGCUUCGUCGCCCUCUUCGCCGUCCCGCUCCUUUCCUUCCACUUCAUCUCCUCCAACAAUCCUUUCGCCAUGAACCUCCGUUUCAUCGCUGCUGACACCCUACAGAAACUGAUAGUCCUCGCCGCCCUCACCUUCUGGGCCACCCUCAGCCGUCACGGCAGCCUCGAAUGGACCAUAACCUUCUUCUCUCUCUCUACCCUCCCCAACACCCUAGUUAUGGGAAUCCCCUUACUUAAAGGCAUGUACGGCGACUUCUCCGGAAGUCUCAUGGUGCAAGUCGUCGUCUUGCAAUGUAUUAUUUGGUAUACUCUGAUGCUCUUCAUGUUCGAGUACCGCGGAGCGAGGCUGCUGAUUGCAGAGCAGUUUCCGGAGACCGCGGGAUCGAUUGUUUCGAUUACGGUGGAUUCGGAUGUCAUGUCGCUGGACGGAAAGGCGAUUGAGGCAGAGACGGAGGUGAAGGAGGAUGGGAAGAUGCAUGUCACGGUGAGGAGAUCGAGCGCUUCGAGGUCGGAUGUUUAUUCGAGGAGGUCGGGACAGGGAAUUGGAGUGGCGACACCGAGGCCGUCGAAUUUGACGAAUGCGGAGAUUUAUUCGUUGCAGUCGUCGAGGAAUCCGACGCCGAGGGGAUCAAGUUUUAAUCAUGCGGAUUUUUAUUCCAUGGUGGGAAGAAGUUCGAAUUUUGCGGCGGGGGAUGGGUAUGGUAUCAUGGGGACGGCGGCGGCGGCGGCGGCGGCGGUGAGGGGGCAGAGCACGCCGCGAGCGUCUAAUUUUGAGGAGGAUGGUGGUGGUGGGGGCGGCGGAAAGCCGCGGUUGUAUUACCAGAUGCCGGCAGCGGCGGCGGGGGCCGCGGCCGCGAAGAAGGACUUGCAUAUGUUUGUGUGGAGUUCGAGCGCCUCGCCGGUUUCUGAGGUUUUCGCCGGCGGUGCUGGGAAAGAAGUUAGGUUGGCCGUUUCUCCGCCCAAAGGUAAGCAGAGUUAACAAGGAGUGAUUUUUAUUGUCA